AUGAUGCAUGACUUAACCACAGAAACAAAAAAUUUAACAACGGAAGUAAAAGAGAUAAAGAAUGAACAGAGAAAGUACUGGGAGGAAUUAAACGACCUGAAAACAGAAUUGGAGAAAGUUAAACAAGAAAACCAAACUAAACACAAGGAGAAGGAAGAAAUGAAAAAAGAACUAAACUAUAUGAAAAUACGUGUACAAAGACUAGAAAAGGAAAGGAAAGUAAAUAAUGUUGUAAUACAAGGCUUGCCAAUAGAUACAAUCGAUAGAAAUGCACUGAAACAAACUGUAGGAAACUUCAUGGAAAAAGAAAUGAAUAUCAAUGUUCAAAUCGAAGAAGUUAUCAAACUGGGAGAAAAAACAUGUUUGGUCAAACUACAGAACAAGUUUGAAAAAGAAAAGAUCAUGCAAAAUAAAGCUAAACUAAAACACAUAAAAGGCAAUAAAGUAUAUAUAAAUAAUGACAUAACAAAAGAAGAACUACAAACACAGAAAAAAAUAAGACAAGUCGCAAAUGAAGAAAUUAAUAAGGGGUAUCAGAAACGUUUCUACGUUUCUGAUACUCUACCCGAAGAGAUGGAAUUCACGCAGCUGGAAAAUAUCAAAGCCUACACAAAAUGUUUGGCUGACUGA